AUACAUAGUUAACGUAAAAUUUUUUUUUAUAAGAUAUCACAAAUUACAUUAAUUUUAAUGUAUUCCCAUUUGCACUGCAUAUGAUAUUUUAAAACAUAUGUAUAUAUAUAUUUAUUAAUUUAAUUUGAAUUUUUUGGUUUGCCCCUACACACAUUUUUCAGAUUUAAAUGUUCCCAAAUACCUAGGGAUAAAUAGUUUAACACUGCACUGUAGAUUUAAGAUUGGUAUGUUAUGAUUCGCUUGUAUCUAUAAUCUACAAUCUACAAUUAUUAAAAUCAUCUGAUAAUAAUGUCGUGCCAAAAUGCGAACGUUAUUUAAUUUUCUGCCGGUUAUAUAAACUGGAACUUAGACAUGCUGCCAGUCAGUUAAAUAGUUGAAAAAUGUCUUGCUACUUGUUUGUUGAAUUUUGUCUUCUAUUCCUGUUAUUCAGCGGCUGUGAAGCAGCGCGGAAAUGGGAAUACGAACUCUUAUCUUUGGAAGUCUUCUCUUCGAAUCCAAAACUAAUGAAAAUCGAGGCAAAGGUCGUUCGAAUGGGGCGGUCGGAAAUCGGAUUGUCCGCAACUCUCGAUUUAAAUUAUGAUGUGACCGACGAAACCACGGUGAACAUCGAAGUCAUUGCGUAUCGAAGCAAUUCAGGAGAUGAGGGAGACUACAAGAUGCUUCCUUGGGCGGCUCCCAAACAACCCUAUUACGAGUAUCUCAACACCUACUAUAAGGACUUUGUUAUGAAGGACUUUGCCUCCUGCAGCAAUUUGCCACAGUUCAAAGAUAAAUUUCAACCGCCGGUGCAAAAAAAGAAAUAUUACGCCGAAAAAUGCAUGGUUAUUGGCGAAGGACUGCCGGAUAUAGUACCGCCCGGAUACUACAAACUCAUAUUUAAUUGCACCAAACCUGAUGAGCCCUAUUGGGGCUUUAUUGCUAUCGUUAGAAUAACAACCAAACUGUUUUAAAUCAACGGAAACCUCCAAAAAUAAAGACCUUUUCAUAAGA